GGCAAAUGUAAAAGCCUUAUACCAUCAUGACCCACAUAUAUCUCAACUCCCCCGAUUCUUUUGUUUAAUCUCUCUCUUUUUUCCUCAACAGAUUUUAAGCUUCUUCUAUAUCUUUCUAUUUCCUUUUUAUUUCUCUCUCCUCUUUUUUUUUUUUUUUUUUUUGAUCUGCCUUCAUUUGGUUCACAUAUAGUAUGAAUAUCCUUCACUAGAAUAUAGGAUUCUCGGCUGAUGCUUUCUUAUCGAAAAACGAAAAAAGGUUUGGAAAGGAUCAGUAGGCUAGCUCAGGGGAGAUAAAGGAGGGUAGUGGGGGGUUUGGGGUGGAAUGGAAGGAUUGGAUGGGCUGAUAGAGAGGCUGUUGGAAGGAAGGAAGAACAGAGGCAAACGGAUUCAGCUUGCAGAGUCUGAAAUCCGCCAACUUUGCAUCGCUGCCAAGGAUGUCUUCCUCAGCCAGCCAAAUCUUCUUGAAUUAGAGGCUCCCAUUAACGUUUGUGGCGACAUACACGGUCAGUAUGCAGACCUCUUACGAUUGUUUGAGUAUGGUGGUUUUCCACCAGAUUCAAACUACUUGUUCCUUGGAGACUACGUGGAUAGAGGAAAACAGAGUAUAGAGACUAUAUGCCUUCUGCUUGGUUACAAGAUCAAGUAUCCGGAUAACUUAUUUCUCCUCCGGGGAAACCAUGAAUGUGCAUCUAUCAACCGAAUCUAUGGUUUCUAUGAUGAGUGCAAGCGUCGCUUCAGCGUCCGUCUCUGGAAGAUAUUUACAGAAUGCUUCAACUGUUUGCCAGUUGCUGCAGUGAUCGAUGACAAAAUCCUAUGCAUGCACGGUGGCCUUUCGCCCGAAAUGGAGAGGUUGGAUCAAAUCAGAGCUAUAGAAAGGCCAGUUGAUGUGCCAGACCAGGGACUCUUAUGUGACCUCCUAUGGGCUGAUCCCGACAGAGACAUCAGAGGGUGGGGUGAGAAUGAUAGGGGUGUUUCCUAUACUUUUGGAGCGGACAAGGUAUCUGAGUUCUUGAAGAAACAUGAUCUUGAUCUCAUAUGCCGUGCCCACCAGGUAGUUGAAGAUGGUUAUGAGUUCUUCGCAGACAGGCAGCUAGUUACCAUAUUCUCGGCACCAAACUAUUGCGGAGAAUUUAAUAAUGCGGGUGCCCUCAUGAGUGUGGAUGCAAACUUGCUCUGUUCCUUUCAGAUUCUCAAACCGUGGAGGGGGAAAACAGCACAUCUCGAAUAAUAAAUGAUGUCUAGUACUGCCGCAGCUGGACAAAGAAUUUGGUGCAUUAGAGAGGGAAGGACUGCCCGUGGAAGAAAUGUAUUCUUGUUGGUAGUUGUCUAUCAGAUUCAAGACUUUGUUGUGCUUUAACAGCCUCACAUUUGUUUGUAAAGAUUCUUUAAAAUCUUCCAUUUUCUUUGAUAAUUUAAGAA